AAUUUGUUUAUUCCCAAACUGGCCAAUUAGAAAUUAGCAUAAGCUACAAGUAAAAUGUGUUGUAGAUAUUUGUUAGUUCUAGCGUGCACUUUAUUUAGCAAUGUAUGAAUUUCAAGUUUCUUAAUAUAAAAAGAAAGUAUUUUUUAUAAGGAUUUGAAUAAUUUUGCUUUUAGAUAAGGAACCUUGGUUCAUAAUUGAAAUUGAAAAUAAGCAUAAGUUAUAAUAAGUAAGUACUGUAGAUAAGUGUUAGUUAUAGCAUAUACUACAUUUAGCACAUAAGUGAGUCAAAAUUCCUUGUUAACAAGAAAGAAAGCUCUUUAUAAGAAAUUAAAUUAAUUUUUGCUUUUUAACAUAAAGAAUUUUUGUGUUGCAAUUAAAACUAAUGAUUUUAAUGUGUAAAGCCCACACGCACACAAUUGAGAAAAGCACUGAAUUGUUAUUUGGACACAGGUUUUCAGAGCCACAUUCUCUGUUGUUUCCUGGACGUCGUGUUUUUCAAUGAUAUGGAGAAUUCCGAUACGAAUUUUCAGAAUACUGUCAAACGUCUAUAAAGACCACCCUAAAUGUGGUAUUUAUCGGGAGGUGGUCUUUAAAAUUCACAGGUUAAAAUACACUGUAAAUGUUAAAAUAGGAAACAAAACAUGUGGUCUGUAGAGCCAGGUGGUCUCUGUUCAGAGGUGGUCUUUAACACAGGUUUGACUGUAAUAUUGUUUGUAUGGCAAAAUGUUUGAUUAUACAAGAAUGGCAUAUGUAAUGAAAGAUAGAAGUUUGUAAUAAUGGAAUUGCACAGUAACAAAUUUUAUAUUAUCUACCAGUAUUACAUUUAUAAGAUACAAUAAGAAAGUUACAUAUUAUUCGUUGAUAGUAUUUGUUAUGCAAUAUGUCAUUCAUAUCGUAUCGGAAUAAAUGGUCCCGUAGCCAGAGUGCACAGCUAUACAAGGGCGAAAUAGAGUUUGUGUUAACCCAGUAAACACCUGACGUCGUACCGACGUUGGUUAGAUGUUGGAUUUUGGUCGGGACGUCGGCGACCUGAAUCCAACGUCUAACCAACGUCAUAACCACGACGUCUUAUAGACGUCAGACUUAGACGUCUAGGAGACGUUGGAAUUAGGUUGGAUAGAAAGUUUGUUUAAAUGUUUUCAGUUAUAAAAUUAACUGGUGUAAUUUUGCUAGUAUAGUUUAAUGGCAGUUAUGCCUGAACAUGCGCGCUUAUAAAUAAUAGUUCAUUCGCACAUUCGCACAUCAGCCCGCCCGCUUAGCUCAGUAGGUAAGAGCGUUGGUCUACGGAUCGCGGGGUCGCGACGGAUCGCGGGGUCGCGAGUUCGAUCCUCGGGCGGGGCGUAUGUUCUCCGUGACUAUUUGAUAAACGACAUUGUGUCUGAAAUCAUUAGUCCUCCACCUCUGAUAAUUCAUGUGGGGAAGUUGGCAGUUACUUGCGGAGAACAGGUUUGUACUGGUACAGAAUCCAGGAACACUGGUUAGGUUAACUGCCCGCCGUUACAUGACUGAAAUACUGUUGAAAAACGGCGUUAAAACCAAAACAAAACAAAAAUCAUUCGCACAUCAAACAUUAUUAUUAAUUAUGUUACAAAAUCGUAUGAAAUUGUCUAUUUUCAGAAACGGAUUUUUUUUACCAAUUUAAAACUGUUCAGGAAAAAUUGCGUUCUAUACACAUGAAUAAAUUAUUCUGAAUUCACCUAAGGAUCUUCUUCUACACAUGUUCAUUAGUCAUGCAUUCGCAGGAUAAGCCUGCAUCGGUUUACACGAGUCUUCCGGUAAUUUGAUAUUUGUGGGGUUUAUAAAUACUUUACACAAAGGGAUCCGCAACAAAAGAAUUUUAGCGGAGUUGAAGAAUCAUGCAGACAUGACUGAACUUACUGUUACUGAACCCUACGAAGCAAAUCCAAAUUCUACAGAGGUAACUGUGCCGACUUCGGGUCCCAAGCCCCGAGUAAGAAAGUAGGAGGGCAUUUCUGAAAUGAAAGGUACUUGAAGCUCUCCUGCAAUUAAAACACAAUGAACAUCUCAUUCUUACAUCCGUGUGCAGUGUUUAUACUUUAUUGCACCGUUCUAAAAGCCCAUGUUUGCGCAGAAUGUUAUCAAAAGAAGUGCCAGCUGAUGUCUGUGACAGAUAAUCUGAUAUUGUUGGAUCCAUUCCUUGGUAAACAUUUUGGAAGUGUUUAUUUCAAAAUAAAAAUCGGGUCAGGCAGAAUGUCAACGACAGAUUGUCUCAAUGCGAAGAAAGAAUGUGUAUGGACUUGCGACUCAAAUACACAUGAUUGGUGUAGAAAGUGUAAGAAAGAAUAUUGCAAACAACAGACACCUGGAGAUUUUUGUGGCUGUAUACAUGCGGACGCUUUUUAUCCUUUUGAAACAUUUGAACAUUACAUGAAAAGCAAUUAUGAUAGAAGAUCUGAAUUCGGAUCAAGCAAUUUAACUAGUGACUCUCAUUAUGAAUGCUGCAAGAGGAGGACAUGUGGUUCAGCUGAAUAUUGUACUAUAGGAGAAAGAUUGCAUGAGAAGGGACCUUCUGACAAGUUGCUGUCCUCACUAGAGCUGUCCUUGGUGAUAUCUUUUAUAGCUACAGUCACUAGUCUUUGUUCAAUGCUUUUCGUGUUUGUCAUUUGGAGUUAUAGUCAUCCGAGAAGAGACGAACACAGUCAGAAGCAUGAACACACAACACAGAUACCGAGCAAUGAACUUAGAUCACAAAGGCAGAGAAGAAGAAAAAGGCAGAAUAAAAAUUUGAAUAGGGUGUCGAAGCAAACUGAUAACGAUACAACCGAGAAAAAUGUUCAUGGAUCAUUUAAUCAAAAUAAUAACGAGGCAACUAAACAAUAUCUGAAUAAGGAAUCCAAGCCAGAUGAUCAUAAGGUAUCCGAGCAAAGUGAGAAUUUUACGGUGUUGUUGUCCGCAAAUAGAGAAGUUAGUAGUACAUUAAAUAGCGUUAUCUGUGUUUCUCAGCAAACUGAAAAUCAAGCAGCAGUAUCAGAGAAUGAAUGGUGUACGUCAGCAACUCGAGUUAAGCAAUACAAGUGUUCACAUAAGGCAAAAUAUAUAAGUCAGAAAAAAAAAACAGAAACAGAAGACUGUUCUGAACACAGUGGUAACUCCGUAGAAAUUGAAAGAGUUAUUAUACCACUUCCAGUACAGGAAGGUUUAUUUGAAAACAAUUACUCGUCUGGAAAAUCAGCUGAAUUUGAUUCCGAGACAACAAAGUUCCCCACAUUCUGUGGACAAAGCUCUGCAAAACAGACUCAUGAUUGUUCACAAAAUAGUAUUGAAGAUGUAGAACGACAACUUGUGGCAAAAGAAAUCUCUAGAGAAUUGCAUAUUGAACAUAGAAAUUUAACAAUAUUUGGAUUAGAUUCUUACUUUGAUAGACUUAAUAAUGGCCCACCGCCUACAACACGUGAACGGAUGCAAUAUGAAUGGAUUCGAUUGGCUUCAUUCCAUAAUUACACGGGAAAUGGAAAUGCAUUGGCUCUUGCUAGAAAUGGAUUUUACCAUGAUCACAAUGAAGGACCUAUGUCAACGAGGUGCUAUCUCUGUGAAGCUCGGCGCUCUGACUGGGAGAUGUUUGAUGACAUUUCUGCAGAGCAUAGAAGACAAUCACCAAAUUGUCCUUUUCAUGAUAACAGAGAGGAAGAAACCUUGAACAUUUCAAUAACAAAUGGAGACAAUAGUAAAACCCCAGCUAGAUGUUCUCGAAGUUCUAUAGGUAGUUCAGUGACUUCUUCUGUCACUUCAUCAUCAUCUACGAGUACAGGUGCUGCAGCUGUGAGAGAAGUUUCAAGCAGUUUCCAAGGAAUUAACAUUAGCCAGACUAAUAUUGGCAAUAGUGGAGGAGAAAGCAUUCCACUACAGCCAACAGAAGAUCCAGAGAGUAGAGAUCGUUCCCUACUGGCAUUGUCUCAGCCACGUACACAGCGAGCCCUCGGGCGGACAGGGCAGUCUUAUUCCACUAUAAUAGCACCAAGAAGAAACAAUGUUGCUACAGGUGCUGUAAGUAAUAUUGGCAUUGGUCCUUUCAACAGUGGUUCCUCGUCUUCAGUUACAAUGAGUCAGCUACCAAGUACCCGCCCCUCCUCCAUACUAGGCGGGCCAGUGGGGGCCGGUGCUUUUUCAGGUUUGAGAACAGCUGGCCCAAGCACAGGUGCACUGACUUCUUUUCCAAGAGCAACAGAAGGUUUACAACAAAGCAAUACUCCAUCACCUUCUGCAGAAGCAGCUGCCGGUACACGACAAACUAACCCAGCACCUGGUGCUGGAGGAAGAACAGACCCUACAAUAACAGUGGUGGUAGAUAAUCCUAAACAUCCAGAUUAUGUCAAUAUAGAUUCUAGAGUUAGCUCAUACCAAGGAUGGCCAGAUUACCUGGAUCAAACCCCUAGACAGAUGUCAGAAGCAGGUUUCUUCUAUGUUGGAGUUGCAGAUUUCACUCGCUGCUAUUGUUGUGGUGGGGGUCUGCGGAACUGGGAGCCAGGUGAUGAUCCGAUGUUGGAACAUACAAGAUGGUUCCCGCGUUGUGAAUAUGUCAACAAACUGAAAGGAGAGAGAUAUGUGGUUGCAGUACAGAGACGGCAUCAAGAACAUAUGGCUGAGCAACAAAGACAACAAAUAGAGAUUGCACAAAGACGGGAUGAAACUCGUAAUCCUCCCGAUCCAAUGACAACAGAAGCUGCCGCAGUUAUGCGGGAGAUGGGCUACUCUGCUGAUCGAACAAGGGAGGCGAUCUUAGCUGUUAGACGACAAACAGGGUCAUCAAUGGUCACUACCCAUCAAGUUCUAACUUGGUUACUAAAUGAUGAAGAGAGACGUUUAACUGGUAAUUCAAGCAAUACAGAAUUAGGCAUUCAACCUCCACCUACUUCUACAGCAACUUCUUUAGUAGGAACCAGCACUCCUUCCUCUGUUGUAUAUACAGUAACCAGUAUCCCAUCUUCAAUUGUACACACAGGAACCAGUAUAGGAACUUCCAUUGUGAACACGACUUCAAGCAUAUCUACUGCAACCUCCAUAGUCAGUGCUGGUACAGCUACAUCUACUGUGAGUUCAUCAUCAGUUUCUAUUACAGCCGAAGUCCAACAGUCGGGCACUUCAGCUUCUGCUACAGCAGGAGGAAGCUCAUCUGCACAUGAGAAUCAGCAGACUGGUUCAGGAAAUAGUUCCAGCUCUAAUUCAGCUAGUAAAACAAGUGUAGAAAAGCAGUCCGGAGCAUGUGGUGGUGACAGUGGAGAAUCCAAGUCUGCAACCAAAGAAGAUGCUAGCAACGGUGAGCCUACCAAUAAAAUAGCCAAGAAGAAAACUGCAAAGAAAAGAGCUAAAAAUAAAGCAGGGAUAAAAUCAGAAACAACAGGUGCUACAGGGGGAGAUUUAGAUGCAAAAUCACUGAAGGCAGAAAACGAAAAGUUGCGAGAAAUGCAGACUUGCAAGAUUUGUAUGGUGCGAGCAGUCAACACUACCUUAUUGCCGUGUGGCCAUUUAGUAUGCUGCGAUACCUGUGCUGCACGGUUACAGAGAUGCCCUAUAUGCAGAAAGAGAAUUAAGGGAACAGUGAAGACAUUCAUGUCCUGAAGAGCUACAAGCAUCUAUAAAAAUUGUUACAUGUGUCCUGUCUCUUUACUACAACCUGGGAAGUCCUCACAGUCCUACUUUAGCCUGUAGAAAGCACAGCUCCUCAAUCUUGUUCUGGCCAAGGUUAGAGUGGGUAUGAUUUGAAUGAACAAAAGGGGAAAACAUACGUAAACUUAUAAUUGAUACAGGUUUUGGGAAUGACAAAUAUCCUCUUUCUAAAUUUUAAAUAUUUGUUUUGAAAAGAUGAUUGCAAGUAAAACACAUAUAUUGCACCUAAUGCUGAACAUAGUUAUUUUUCAAUUUUGUUUAUGCAUUUUUAUUUUUUAUUUUUGUUAAUCUAUUGAUUGUUAAAUCAUAAUACACGAGACUGCUCCUAACUAAAGGCUUAACAUUUACCAACAGGGCAAUUCAAAGAACAUGAAACUGUCUAGGUUAUUGGGUUCAUUCAUUUGUAUCUAUUCUGAAGAACAAUAGAUCAGCUUGGUAGAAGUUUGGUCGGUGUCGUAGAGUGCAACAGUAGUUACUUGGAUCCCAUUUACAGUUAAUAAAAUAAUGCCUACAAAGGCGAUGGUUUACACUAUUUAUCCAAAUGUGCAUGAUUACAGAUCAUUCUAGAAAAUAUCAUGUUGAUAAAAUAAUUGCAAUGGUACAUGCAUAUUUUAAUGAAAAUGUAACUUUGGCUUAAAAUUAGUUUCAGAUGAUAAAUGUACUAGUAUCAUGAGUAUGUAUUUGUACAUAACUAUUUUAUAUAUACUUCGUAUAUAGUAGAGUCUUGAUUAUAAUUUUUUUUUUAUCAAUUAUUCUACAGAUUGUACGGGUAAUCAGGUGUAAAAGGACACUUUUAUUUGCUUCUUACAGUAUAUCCAGGGGUAGGGUAUAGCAUGCACAGUGGUAUUUUCUGGUCAACGAGUUUGUUUUAUUUGAUAGAUUAGUUCUUGGGAUUUAAUUUUAAAUUUCAUUCAUUAUAUAUCGCAAUAAAAUGUUAAAUUUUAAUUCAUUAAUGAAGUAGUGCUUAUUCACUUUCAAAAGUUGAUCUGUUCUGAAAUGAAUUGUAUUUUCUCCAGUAAUAAAUUUGAAAUUAUCCAAACUUCUAUAUCAGAAAUGAGUGGGGAUGCAACUUUGUUGCUUUAAUAUUGUGGAUUUGUAUCCCAACCGUUGUGUAUCGUUCAUAUAGAUACCUGUUUUUAUAGGUUAUUUCAUAAUGUUUAAGAGCAGUAAGAGUUGUUGAUGCUUUCUGUGUAUGUUUUGUAAUUAAAAAUUAAAUGACAUUUUCAUACA